CCUUAAAACGGAGACGAAGAUCAAGUCAAAGGAAAGGAACCGGACGAGUGGGGUGUUGUUUACGUCUACAGCCUCCACCACAACCUCAACCACAACCCUUGCCACAGCCCCCAAACCACAGUCUGCACCACAUCCCCAGCCACAACUCACACCACAGCAUCCACCACAGCCCAACCCACAACCCAGACCUCGGGCUCCACCAUAGCCCAACUUGCACUACAACUCCACCUCCUGCUCCACAACCUCCAACCCAACUCUAACCACAGUUUCCUUCACAACCAUAACGUUCACUAAUGCCCCCAAGAUUGCCUCCACUACUACAACUCUAACCACAUCCUCCACCACACACAUUUGGAUGCGUCUGUUGUUUUUAUCCUGACAAGAUCAAAGGAUGAUUGUUAUGGUCGCUGUGAGAAAAGUGAAGUCAUUGCUACUUCUGCUUUUGGGCCUGGUCAGGCGGUGCUUUUGUUGCUUUCGUAGAAGACGACAUUCAGAGACUCAUCUUCCCAUUGCAAUCUCGGUCGAGGACAGUACACAUGCUGUCCCACCCACACAGAAUGAUGAUGGUCUUGGUUGUUGGGACUCGUGGGAUGUCCCAUCAUCUGUGGUGAGUGAUGGUGGUGGAAGAGCUUCAUUAUCACCACAGCAGUCUAUGAUGCAACAGCAAAUUAACCAGUACCGACUCAAUCAGCAGAGAAAGUUGCAAGAGUCCGAGUCUGAACCUGAACCUGAACCAAACUAUUUUGAGGAUUUAGCCCCAAGCAUAGAAAAAAAGCCACAGGUGGUAAUUCUUGAGAGGCCCGAGGAGGAGCAGCAAGUGUCAAACAGAUUACCCUUCUCAUUAGCUGACCCACUUCUUCAGUCGUCAGAGCUUGAGGAAUGGAUGGAAGAUGACGGUGGGUGGGAGGAUGAGGCAGAGGAGGAGGCAGACUUGGAUGCUGUAUUGCGUGAAAAAAGGCAGCUUGAAAGAGACCGGCGGCGACAGGAACAGCAGAGACGUAAGGCUGAGAAAGAAGCUGCACGUUCCAGUAAACUGUCUGCUUCCAAGAUUGCUACUAAGCUGUCAUAGGGAACAUACAUCAUGCUUUUUGUUUGUCAUUAUUUGAAACUGUUUUUGUAUAUUUCAAGCUCAUGUUUAUUACUUUUUCUGGGUACCUGUGAUUCUCUUAAUUAUUUUAAUAUUUGGAUAAAAGAUAUAGCACAGAUUAGUACAUUAAGCUAGGAGAGAAUUUAUUUACAGUACAGGUAGUUACAAAAUACUGUAGUAAUUAUGUGCAGUGUAUGUUGUGAUACAAAUUUUAUAUAGAAAAUAAUAGGAUGUUUCAAAUAUAGUUUUGUAUAUGAAUAAUCCUAUUAAAUAGUGUUCUUGUUUAUUCUGUAGUUUAUUUUGAAGUCUGUAUUCUUGAUCUCAUUUUCAAAGGUAAAAUGCAAGAUAAAUGUUCAUAUCUGUUGUGGGAUCGUUUGUGUUUUGUGGGGGUUCCUUCUCCAUGCUCUCAAAUGUUAACCAACACUUAACGUUUUCACUCUCUCAUAACAGUGAUUGAGAAUGUCCCACAAUGCCUGUCAAAAUUGCAGAUGUAGUAAAUAGUGCAGUGAAUAGAUCUCUAAAUUAUUUAAUACAGUAUUUAAUAUUUUAGCACUUGUAUAAUAAAUUAUUCAGUCUUUAGGGUGACCACAAACAAAAUACUGUACAUAUGAAUUUAUUAUUUUUGUUUACUUCGCUGGCUAGUUUACUAUGAAGUUUGUAAGCCCGAAUUGAACAUUAUCUGUAAUUAAGUUCAAAACAUCAAGUAUGUUAAUGAUGUGUGAUAAUGUGCACACCAGAGCUGAAGCCCAUAGGGCAGUUCAUUGUUGCCUUCAACCUCAUUCUGACAGUUCCUGUGACAGCUCUGGAACCAGUUGUAUUGGUGUUUGCCUUUCCAUUGGAGACUUUCGGCACAGUGGAGAGGGGGGACCUGACGCGUGGGUAAUAGCUUCUCCUCCUUAUUGACCUACCCUGGCUUUGUGCCCUGGAGGGGCCACUCCAGACCAAUAACCAGAGCACAACUCCAUAGUCUCCUGAGACUGAUGGAUGCCAACUAUCUGUAAUAAUGCUGGGACUGUAUACUUUUAUUUAAUUCUCCUGUGUGUCCUUAGCCAUCUACAGUAUUUACAAGGUUUUUAACAUUUCAACAAUUCAAAAAAUCUUGUAUGUGAAUGGCUAAUGAUACACAAUAAUAGUUAAAUAAAAGUACAGAAUUCCACACAUUACUGCAAAUACUGUAACUGCAGAGAAAUUGUGCAGUUCUAGCUUGCAAAAUUUAAAGUAAACUGUAACUAGUGGCAUGGAAAAAAAUAUUUGAAGUAUUUUAAUUGGGAAUUAUGCUAAUAACUGAUUGUACACAAAAACUAGAAUUUUCAGUUAGCUUUAUAAACAAGUAAUUAAGAAUACUUUAUAAUUCUCAUCAGUUUGUGCAUGGUAGUUGGAAAUGUAUGAUAAUUAAGCAUAUUUCCAAUAUGGGUCUUACAAAUAAAUUCAAGAGAGAGAGAUGUAGAUACAUACUGUAGUUACAGAAUAUCAAAUAGAAGAUUGUCUGAGAAUUACCAUUGUUAAGAAUGAACUUAUCACCUCUCAUUUGUUGUGAGUCACUUUGCUACUAUAGUGUGAAUAUAAAACUUUUUAGUUUACUAAUGUUAAUUAUGUCAUGUCUUUCAUCAUAUUUAUAAAAUUUUCAGUGUAAAGUUUAUACAGUAUUAUAAAGACUGUUAACUCAAAUUAGCACAGUUUGUGUUGCAUAUAGUGCCUGGCAGUGUGUUAUUAUUUGUCUCUCUUUCUCGAGCAGAAUGAGAUCAUGCUGAUCAAUAUCUGAAAUAUCUUGAGCUUCUGCAGUGUAGUUCAACCCUACUUCAGGGUGCUGGCUGAGGUUAGGGAGGUUUGAGUAUUGUUAUAAACAAAAUAUCAAUCAUUUAACAAAAGUUAUGAAAAGAUGUUAUCUAAAAAGAGUUUAUAAAAUCUUCCAAAUUUAUUUUCAAAAUGGAAAUAUGAAAUUUUAUUUUUAGGCAGUUUGGUAUUACUGUACUAUUAAUUUGUAAAAAAAAAAAUUGUAUACUGUAUAUACAUUAUUAUUAAUGUAAUUACCUAAGUGUAGUUACAGGAUGAGAGCUAUGUUCGUGGUGUCCUGUCUUUCCAGCACUCGUAAGAUGCUUUAAGACUACAGUACUGACAGUUUUGGCCUAUGUGCCUUUGUGUGUGUGUGUCUGCAUGUGUGUACAUAUACAUGUGCAUGUACAUACACAUGCCCAAACACAUAGAACAUGUGCUUGUGUAUACAUGUAGACAUGUACAUAUAAAAUGUACAAGGAAGAUGGAGGUCACUUUGAGUGUAAAUAUCUUGUAUAGUAAGUACAGUACAUUUAUGUACUGUGAUUAACAAUUGGACUCUGUGAUGCACAAUAUUGCACAUUUUGUUUGAAGUGCAUUGAUUUCAGGAUGCACAAUAUUGCAGUUACCAUGUGGUGGCCAACAAAGAGCAGCCACGUUAUAAAGAUUUGCCUCUGCCAUCAGUAGAUAGUUCUAAAGGUAAAAUAAGUUACUGGAAAAAUCUCAUUCGCUAUGGUACAAAUAUAAAGCUAAUAGAUUACUGCAUUUGUAAAAACCAAGGGUUGUGUGUACAGUACUGUAAUAAAAUGCCCUUGUCUAGUGGGCUACCAGCAGCUUCUCGAAUAAAGCUCUAGUGCCAUCGCACUUCACCAGCACACCAGGCAUCCGAGACCUAUCCGUGGUUUAAUGGAUGCCAGUACCAGAAUCUGACUCAGUCUUCAAGGCAAGGGAGACAUGAUUAGAGAUCAACAACAAAACUUGGGGAAAACUUGCCAGAAAGUAUAGACACAACAAACUAAGCAAGUGCUAAAAGGAAAUUAGGCACCUUAAACAAGGCAAAUAAUUGUUCCUGUAGAAAAAAUUCCUUAACUAUUAUGCACCCAACUGUCACCAGAUAUCAAUCUAGGUCACCUGGGGUCUGAACCAGCCUGCCACCUCACUACUCUUCAUGGUGCCAUCUGUUCAACAUAAGUAACAACUGCUUGGAACAUUAGUUCAGCCAUUGUUUUGCUUGGCUUUGUCUAUGCCCUCCCACAUUAUUCAUGCUGACUGUGGCCAGAUUACUUUUCUCUGGGGAGCUAACUUGCGUUUCCAUAUGUGCCUCACUAAAGAUACAGUACCUGCUGUGAGGGUGUUGCAGGCUCUACGAGCAGACUCCUCUUGAGUCACUUUGCUAAUGGGUAGUGCUUAUGGGUAUUUGCUUCUUCCUUGUGAGGCCUGUUCAUGGGUAGAGACAGUCUGUAGACUGUAUGUUAUUCAUGAAAAAAACCAUUUUGUGCAUGUACAAAAUUGCAUGCUUGGUUUUAGUCGAGGGCACACUUGGGGUCAUAUUUGCUUCACCGAGAUGUUUCUCUGGCAUGCCUCCCAAUGUUUGUGACAGUUUGGAUUUCUGGUAUCUCUUGUUUCUGUGGCAUGUCUUUGUCUUGUGUGUGUGACUAGCUUGGUCAUUAUAGCUUCAUCAUCUGAUUCAGUACCUGAUUUUGCAGAUUGCCGUUUUCCAUUAUUAGCUUUGAUAUUUUUGACCUCGUUGGCCUUUCUGUUGAAUCUUUUUGUGGGGCCUGCUGGGUUCUGGGAUCCUUUUACCCAUAGGUAUUUAUCAUUAGUACCACUUUUAAUAUUACUUGUAUUGUGUUUAAGUUUUUCACAGAUGGGCACAAAAUUAUGAGAUAUAGUUGAUACUCCUGGAAACCCAUUGAACAUAAAACAAAAUUCUGUGAUUCACUUUCACUUUUCAAUUGGUAUGGUUUUUUGUUUACUCAGGUGUGGGUUGGGUUGGUUUUAUUUAAAAAAAAUCCAGCAUUGAAUAUAAUGAAAUGCCUCUUCCUGGUGGGUUUCCUUGGUAUCUUUCAGAGCUACCUACCAGGAGUCCGCCAAGCUCAAGUACAGUACCACACUUGACUCUAUCAAAUAACAAACACCUACCAAAGGCCAGUACCAAAAUUUGGCCCCACUCAGUAAAAGCAAAGGGAGUCUAGGGGGGUAGAACACUAUCUCAGUAACCAAUGG